AAUGUUUCAAUUUAACCAAAAAUGUAAAGUCUAACAUGAGAGCUAUCUAACAUAAGGUUUAAACAUCUAACAUAGUAUAUAUUGUAGCUGAUUGAGUGUCAUGGUUUGUCAAAAGAGAGUGCGGUCAGCGCUGAGCUGCCUCUGUAAUCUGACUAAUGGUUUCCUCAGCGACAGACGUGGCUUUGUUGUAAUCGUGCAUCAUUCAUGAAGAUAAACUCAUCGAACAAGUGAGACACUUUCUCUUUUCAAGUUGGAAUUAUAUAAGGUAGAACUAUGUUAUGUUUGUAUUUUUAUUUGUAUUAUGAUGUACAGCAAGAACACAUUUCAUUAUGUUGAUUGUGCUUGUAGUGUGUAUAUUUCUUUCAAAGACCUUUGUGGUGAUGAAAUUAAGCUUGUAUGAAAUGCUUUGUCUUUUUUAGGAUGGAAGAGUGUUUGCAUUUGGUUUGUGAGACCAUCGGUGUACACGAGGAUGAUGAGGUUGGCAUGGACGUCAUCUGUUCCCUCUACAAGAGCGUCUUUCUCAUCACCGCCAGCCUGGAGGAAACAAAGAGAGCCAUUUCACAGGUCAGAGGUCAGAGUGGAGGGUUGUCAUGUUCAGCUAGAGGAGUUCUGCAUGUUCUCCUAAUGAUGGAGAAGCAGCGGGAGAACAGAGAAGAGCUGUACUGGGAGCUCCAGAUGUUGAAGGCUGGUAGAAUCAAUUGUACUCUCAAACAAAACACACAGUCCUCAACAAUCAACUUUGUCUCUAAACAACAGGAGCAGGAUCCAGAGCAGUUUAGUAUCUUGUGUCUUCAGAAUGGGGCCAAGAGACUUUACACCAGACUUGUUCUUGAUGGUGUUUGGAGUGUCCUACCAUCUCUUUCUCAGAGGAAUGCCGGCAUCAUGCGACCGGGCAGGAUCUGUCCCAGCAGUACCGACAUCCUCCAACUCCUGUACUACAAAUAUGACGUCAUCAAAGAACGCCUGUACAGAGAGAUGUUACAGGAUGAAUAUGGUACAAGAUAUUCAGAGUACUCAAACACUUCCUUUCAAAGACUAGUUAAAGAGUUUUUUUUUUUUUUUGCACAUCAUUAAAGGUGUUGUUUGGUGGGACUCAAUGUCAGAGAGGGAUCAGACAGACUGUGUGUGUGAACUGGGAGCAUUUGUAGAGCAAGCUUUCAGACACAGAGACCUUCUCCAGUUGAGUGGGCUGCCCGGGGCCCACCGGUGCUACAGGAGCUGUGGUUCUGUGGUCUUGCGAGGCUGUCCUCAGAGCGUUAAACCUAGAGAUCAGGCUUGGUCAUCCAAACCGAGGGAACAGGCUUGGUCCGCUGUCAUCUUCCUGUCGGAGCUGGAAUCACAUUAUCAAGAUGAGAAGGAAGCAAUCAGCGCACUCAUAAACAGAGUGGGACAGGAAGCUCUGCGUGUAAUAUAUCUCAGUAUGUGUGUUGCUGUGCGGAGAGCCGAGAGAGAAAAUCAGUCCUACACAGCGCUGCUAGUUGCCAGACAGCACUGGGACAGAUGGCCUUAUAUGAGAGGUUUAGUCAGUCAGGACCUUGCUAGAAUCUGGCUUCAGGAAAAUAUGGAUCCCACUGCUAAAAAACAGCAGGGCUGGAAAAAAGGAAAUUGCGCACAGCAGGCUGUGCUGCAGUUUUUGGUUCUGUGUCAGGAGCAGGAAAGGAAACAGUUGGUGGAGAUCUUGCACAGGGUUUCCCUGAGUGACCUCCAGGGGCUCCGAAACAUUCAGGAAAACAACAAUGUGGUCCAUGGAAACGCAGUGGAUCAGAGCUGUGUGUUGAGCCUGCAGCAGAUUAAAGCUUCUCUACAGGAAGCACAUGGUUCUUAUACUGGACCCUUCGCCCCAGGGUGUUCUCAGAUAGAUGUCUCAUGGGUAGAAUGUGCCAUUCAUUUGCUGACCCAGCUGACACAAGCACAUGAAGAAGAGGCCUGGACUGUUUUAUACUCUCUGCCAGAUUUGCACCUUGAGGGUCUUUGGACUUUACUUCGCAAAUAUGAGAGUGAACUGCACAGACCCAGUUUCCGCAACCUGCGUGAAGUUUUGCAGUCACGUGUACCAGCACACGCCAGCAGAGGCACCAGCACAGUGAACGCUGACUCCGAGAGAGAGAGGACUGAACCGGAACAUGAAGAGCCGUCAGAUGGUGAAAAACAAGAACUCUGCACCGGAUGUGGCAUGGUUUUAGAUCCAGAAGAUACUCCAUAUUUAGAGAUCUUGUGUGUCAAAGACCCAAGAAAUGAAGUGAACAUGAAGUCGAGGGGUGGAGACAGAAAAAGUGAAGAGGGAGACAUUAAGAGCAAAGGAGACUUUGAGGAGAUUUCAGUGGAGAAACAAAACUCUUUGAUCACACUGGCCUGGAGCAAGCCAGCCCAUGGAGAGAAUCACAUUCAGGAAUUGACCUCUACUCAACAGAAAGAAGAAGCUGUCUCUAUUGCAGUGCAGGAGGAUAGAGCUAAUAACACACACAUCCUUGACACAAAUCCACAUGAUAUGAACAUUUACACACACCAGGAGAACAUAAGCACCGUCUCACCGCAGCCAAGUGAAGAAACGCAUUCAGAGAGUGAGAAGAGAGAGACACAGACACAGAUCCAACAAGACCAUUCAGGCUUCAUCACAGCUAGGCAGCAACAGGAGGAUAUAAGAGAUGGAGAGCUCACACGCCAACCUCUCGAGGACACCCAUCAGCCCGACUCAACACCACCCACUACUUUACAGCUGCUACAAAACACUGACACAACAGACACUAGCACAGGACCAGCAAGUGUCCAUUUCCUAGACAGUAAACCCACGCAAACAUUCGAGACCCAUGAGAUGGAGGUAUCACUUCAGGAGCAGAGGAACGAGGAGAUCUGUGAGAGAGUGGGUGAGGAGCAGCAGCUACAGCGGGAGGCCACGAUGCGCUGCCUAGUGGACAUCCAGAGGAAAGCAGAGCGACGCUGGCAACGAGACAGAGACAGACAACUACUCAGAGUUCAAGAGCGACUGGCUAUCGUCCAGACUCGGAAGGCAGAUGAAGAUCUGUUGGGCCUGACACAAGAAGACACACUCAGGCAUCUGACUGACACACUACGACAGGAGGAUGAGCAACAACAGAAAACUUUAGUAAGAGAGAAGCUCCAGCAGAUGAGGAGAGAACGCUCAUGCAUUCUCCAGACCAGACGGGAGAGAAAUACUGCUGGGUUUAAAGAGCUUCUUGCGCCCACAGCUCAACGUAUGACAGAAACUGAAGAGGGACACUAGUGUGUACUCAAACCCACUUCUACAAACAUACAGAACACACAGUAAAACAUUC